AUGGAGGCAAACACCCCAUACAACCAGCCUAGGCUGAAUGGAAGUGGUGCAACUAUCGUCGAAACGUUCGAAAACGGCUCCCAGAAUGUUGAGACCCCCUUUAAGAACUUCACCGAAAAGGUUUCCAUCGACAAGCUUAGUGGCAACGACCCGGAACUUGGAGAUUGGGCGUUUGGCGCAGACGUCAAGCAAUUGAAAGAUAGAGAGCUCUCCGCUGGACUAAAGAGUCGUGAAUUAGGUGUUAGCUGGAGGAAUCUUACUGUUUCGGUUCCUGAAGCUGACUCGGCCAUCAAUCAUAACGCUAUCUCCCAACUCGAUUUUUUGCACCAGUUUCGAGCUUUCCGCCAUAAGCCUGCCCAGAAGCAGAUUCUUAAAAACAGUCAUGGUUGCGUGAAGCCUGGAGAGAUGCUUUUGGUUCUGGGACGUCCUGGUUCUGGAUGUACCACUUUAUUGAAGCUUCUAGCGAACCGCCGCGGUGCCUAUGAUGUUGAAGGGGAUGUUCGCUUUGGAACAAUGGACCAUAAAGAAGCCGAAGCAUACAGAGGCCAGAUCGUGAUGAAUACCGAAGAGGAGAUUUUCUUCCCUACCCUAUCUGUUGGCGACACGAUGGAUUUCGCAACAAAGAACAAAGUUCCGUUUAACAGGCCAACCGAUUUACCUACCGCCAAAGAAUAUCGUGAAGACUUUAAGGACUUUCUCCUUCGGUCUUUAGGAAUUACACACACCGCCAACACGAAGGUUGGUAACGAGUAUGUCCGUGGAGUCUCUGGAGGUGAGAGGAAGCGUGUUUCUAUCAUUGAAUGUAUGGCCACUCGAGGGUCAGUUUUCUGUUGGGAUAACAGCACGCGUGGUUUAGACGCAAGCUCGGCACUUGACUGGGCAAAACUCAUUCGAACCCUUACCGAUAUUUUGGGAUUAGCCACCAUUGUUACCCUUUACCAGGCCGGAAAUGGAAUCUAUGACUUGUUUGAUAAGGUCCUGGUCCUGGAUGAAGGUGAAGAAAUUUACUAUGGCCCUAUGUCUGAAGCAAGACCAUUCCUUGAAGCGAAUGGGUUUACUUGCCGUGAAGGAGCAAAUGUGGCAGAUUACUGUACCGGUGUCACAGUGCCUACUGAACGCGAGAUCACACCCGGCUAUGAAAGCUCUUUUCCUCGCACAGCCCGCGAUAUUCGCUCAGCGUACGAAGUCACUCCCAUUUUCCAACAGAUGUGUCAAGAGGAGGAGGAGUAUCCGAAAACAGCUAUAGAGCGUACUGCAGCGUUCCAAGAAACUGUCACCAUGGAGAAGCAGAAGUUCCUCGGCAGAAAAACCAUAUUCACUGUUGGUCUUUACCAUCAAGUUCUGGCAUGUAUCGUUCGCCAGUAUCAGAUCAUUAAGGGCGACAAAGCCACCUUUUUGAUUCAACAAGUUUCAACACUUAUUCAAGCGCUUUGUUCUGCUUCUCUUUUCUAUAAUGCCUCCUCGGACAGCCCUGGUCUCUUUAUUAAGUCCGGUUCCAUGUUCUUCGCUAUUAUCUAUAACGGCAUCUUGACACCUCUUGCUGAAGUUGUCGCAUCGUUCAAUGGUCGUCCAGUGCUUGUGAAGCAAAAACACUUCGCAUUCUUCCACCCUGUCGCCUUCUGCAUCUCACAGAUUGUUCUUGAUAUCCCGAUUUAUCUCCUUCAGAUCUCCUAUUUCUCAUUGAUUCUGUACUUCAUGACAGGACUUACGAUGACUGCUGGAGCCUUCUUUACUUAUUGGGUCCAUCUCUUCGGUUGUACGAUAUGUAUGGUGGCUAUGUUCCGUGGAAUUGGAGCUGUCUUUUCGACAUUUGACGGUGCCUCUAAGGUCUCCGGUUUCCUCAUCACAGCCCUUAUCGUAUAUGCAGGAUACAUGAUUGAGCGACCACAAAUGCAUAUGUGGUUUGGUUGGAUCUUCUAUGUUAACCCAAUCGCCUAUGCAUUCGAAGCACUUGCUGCUAAUGAAUUCCAUGGCAAGAUCAUUCAAUGCAUCGGCAGCAAUUUGAUCCCGUCAGGUGAUGGCUAUACCGAUUCUAGCCUCCAGGCGUGUACUGGCGUUUCUGGCGCUGUUCUAGGUGCAACAUUCGUCACCGGCGAUCAGUAUCUCGAUGCUAUGAGUUAUUCGCAUACUCAUAUCUGGCGAAACUUUGGAUUUUACUGGGCAUUCUGGGCGUUUAAUGUCUUCGUCACGGUUACUGCUACUAUGACAUGGAGCGAUAGCUCGGAAUCUGGUCCCUCGAUGCUUAUCCCUUACGAAAGGAUGAAACAACAUCAUGCGAGAGCCAAAGAGAGAGAGUUACAAGCUAUGGACCAGGGCGCGAUCGAAUCAACAUCACCUAACGAAAAAGAUGAAGGCAAUAGGGACCUGCAACGUAACUCAUCGAUUUUCACAUGGAAAGAUUUGACUUAUACCGUGAAAACUCCUACUGGAGAUCGAGUCCUACUUGACAAGGUUUAUGGUUGGGUUGAACCAGGAUCACUUACUGCUCUUAUGGGCUCUAGUGGUGCUGGAAAAACUACCUUGCUGGAUGUCCUUGCUCAACGGAAAACUGACGGCACAAUUCAUGGUAGUAUCCUUGUCGACGGUCGCCCACUCCCUCUCUCGUUCCAGAGGUCUUCUGGAUACUGUGAACAACUUGAUGUACAUGAACCGUAUGCUACAGUCAGAGAAGCUCUUGAGUUUUCUGCCCUCCUCAGACAACCAAAAGAGUAUUCUAGAGAAGAGAAGCUUGCGUAUGUCGACGUUAUUAUCAACCUCCUAGAACUUCAUGAUAUUGUGGACACUCUGAUUGGUCAAGUCGGCGCAGGACUUAGCAUUGAGCAGAGGAAAAGAGUCACUAUCGGAGUCGAACUAGUUUCAAAGCCCAAGAUCUUGAUUUUCCUUGACGAGCCCACUUCUGGUCUUGACGGCCAGGCUGCAUUUAAUACUGUUCGAUUCCUACGAAAACUUGCUGAUCACGGCCAGGCCGUGUUAGUAACAAUUCACCAGCCCUCUGCGCAGCUUUUCUCGCAGUUCGAUAAACUACUUCUUCUCGCGAAGGGUGGUAAAAUGGUGUAUCUUGGCGAUAUUGGCCAGGACGGUUCCUGUAUUAAAGAAUAUUUCGGUAACCUUGGAGCACCGUGUCCUCCAGGAACUAACCCGGCUGAGUAUAUGAUUGAUGUUGUUUCUGGCAAUAUCUUACCUGGUGUCGAAUGGCAUCAGAAGUGGCUGGAGUCACCACAGCAUCAAUACAUGGUUUCUCAUCUCGAUCAAAUUGUAUCUGAUGCAGCUUCUAAGCCGCCAGGUUUUGACAACGAUCAAAAUGAAUUCGCAACACCUCUUAUGACGCAGAUCAAAAUCGUGACCCAACGAAUGAAUGUUGCGAUGUUCAGGAACACCGGCUACGUGAACAAUAAAUUGAUUCUCCACAUCAUUCUAGGUCUAUUCAAUGGAUUUACUUUUUGGAAAAUUGGAGAUACUAUAGGCGAUCUACAGCUUCGUCUUUUCGCCAUUUACAAUGUCAUUUUCAUUUCUCCCGGUGUUAUCAGUCAGCUACAACCUCUUUUCAUUGCCCGUCGUGAAAUAUAUGACGCUCGCGAGAAGAAAAGCCGUAUGUACUCGUGGGUCGCAUUUGUCACUGGGCUGAUCGUCUCGGAAUUCCCAUAUCUAUGCAUUUGUGCAGUUCUCUAUUACGUGUGCUACUACUGGACUGUUGGUUUUCCAAGUGACUCGUCUCGUGCUGGCGCAGACUUCUUCAUCAUUUGGAUAUAUGAGUUCAUUUAUACCGGCAUGGGCCAAUUCAUCGCUGCUUACGCGCCCAACGCAACAUUCGCAGCCUUAGCAAAUCCUCUCAUCCUUGGUUUCCUCGUCGCUUUCUGUGGCAUGCUUGUCCCUUACUCUGAGAUUACAGCCUUCUGGCGGUACUGGAUUUACUACCUCAACCCAUUCACCUAUAUCAGUGGCUCUCUUCUCACCUUCGCCAUUUGGGGCGUGGACGUCAAUUGCGCCGAGAAAGAGUUUGCUUUGUUUGAUCCGCCUAGUGGCCAAACUUGUCAAUCAUAUCUUACCGACUAUCUCAACAGCACCGCUGGUUCUACUGCCAAUCUUGUUAACCCAUCCGCCACCUCGGACUGCAAGGUUUGCGAAUACACCACCGGACAAGACUACUUGGGCACUUUAAAUAUCAAACACUACUAUUAUGGCUGGCGCGAUAUUGGAAUUUGCGUCAUUUUCGCCUUGAGCUCUUACGCCACUGUGUACUUGAUGAUGAGGCUUAGGACCAAGGCAUCCAAGAAGGCAGAAUAG